AUGUCAGACCUCCCUUCCACGAUCCCCAAGGGGUCUUGGAUCGAAACCAUCCAAGAUAAUCUCUGCAUAGCUUCUCAGCAAGUGACCAGUGACUUUCAAAGGAUCUACCAAUCAUUGACACAGUCUGGCCAACAAGAAUGGGCAUUGAUCAAUCGAUCAGUCAGAUCAGUACAACCUACUAUCGAGGGGGGUCAGCCAUAUAUCGAAGUGACAUUGGAUUGGAAACUGGCCAAUUACUAUUCCAAGAAAGAGGCGGAGAAUCUGACGAUCAUAGCGAGGCGAUCCCUCCACUUUAAGGGUGCAGCCCCGACUUCAACCAAUAUUGAUGGAAUCCUAAGUUAUAACCCUCCGAUGGUUGAGGAGAGUAUGGUAAGACCUAGAGUGGUACGAAGAGGGAAUCUCUGA